AUGCUGGCAGAGAUCGAAAAGGAUGCACGAAUCCCCUUUUGUGAGCUGAAAGUUGAUGACGUCGACAUGGCCUGUGACAUCAACGACCUCUUGCGCGUCAUUGACACGAACAGCAAUGGGGUGGUGGAGUAUGAGGAGUUCCUGGUCCAUCCUUUGCUCCCAAAAGGAGUGUCGGCAUUUCAUAGCAUUUCCAUGGCGCUCAAAUCCGGUGUCUUCGCUUGCCUCAUCCUUGCAUCGAGCUUGAGCUACACCGUCAUGGCACAGCGCCACACCGGCCUCUGGUCCGAGAACGUCGGCAAGGACAGCGUGACUACGACUUCAGAGCCAGACCAAAACACGCUGAACGUCCAGAUUGAGAAGCUGCAAGCAUGGAAUUUCAGCAAGUAUGCCAGUUGCGCAGUGCGACAAAGACCUGCGAGCAUGGGAGAGCUCCCAAUCAGAGAGGAGGAGUAUGUGGUUCUUGCAGAGCGGGCUCUGAAGAUUUGGUACGCUGCGAUUUUGGCGCAGCCCAUGAAGAAACAGAAUUAUUCUCCCGCUGAAGAGCUGGACCUUGUGUGGCAUUGCCAUAUUUUGGACACGCGCAACUACGCCGACUUCCAGCAACAGCUGGGGACAGAAAUUGGGCAUGUGCCAUGUGGAGAUGAGGAAACACACGAUCUGGCACAGACUGAGAGCGUCUUGAAUGCGGUGUCAUUUCUUUUGGAUGCCAAACUUUUGAAUACCUUCUUCUCUGAGCGGGGCAAGAAGAAGGUGUGUAGUCCGUUGUAA